AUGGUGGCCACAUCAUGUCUGUCAAUGACAUCAAACAACAAGAAUGACUAUGUCCAGUUAACAUCAUCACCAGCAUAUGACUCAACCAGUAAUAUGUAUAUUGAGUUUGCUAUCAAUGUAGCAUCACCUGGUUCUGGAGGAUCAUUAACUCCUUUGGUCACAGUGUCAAUUGGCACUGUUAGUGGCUCAUUGGUACAACUUGACAACACAUACUACUUGGCCAACACCAAUAUGUAUGGACAGUUCCAAGGCGCAAGGAUCAAGUUGAGCGAGUUGAACAUUACCACAGCAACUCAAUCAUUCAAUGACAUUCGAUUCCAAGUGGCACAGGGUGGUGCCGAGGUCAGGUUGGCCAGCAUCAAGCUGGUUCAAACUGCAACAUCGAUGCUCCCAUUCGGUUUCGUACCAGUUGGUCCUACUGGCGCAGCCUCAGGUCAUGUCAUCAGUGGAACACCUGGACCUGACAAUGGUAUAAUAACACCACCCCCAAGUGGUGGUGGCGGAAGUGGCAACGGUAAUGGACUGGACAGCAAGACAAUCAUUAUAAUUGUGUCUGUGGUGGUUCCAGUGGCUGUUGUAUCGAUUGUUGUGAUGGGCUUCAUGCUACAUCGUAAGAAGAAACAGAGCAACUUGGAGAAGUAUGUCAGUGAUCUCUAUGAGGACUCGACCACUGCAUCCGAGUCUGAGCCGCCACCUCCAAUGUCCCCAGCAGUGGCUCCUGUACAGAUGCAAGUGCGACCAAUCAUACCACCAAGGCCACCAUCAAUGGAGCAACAGCGUCCACCAAUAGAGCCAAGGAUACAGAAGGAUCUUCCAGCAAUCCCCACCAACACUGACAACUUGGUGGCACGUACUCCAGACACCUCGACUCAGGCCAAGACCAAGUUGCACAAGUCUGAGCCACCUGCACUCCCAAAGAAGCCAAGCAUGAACAUGGACUCAAUGUCACCAUUCAUUCCCGAACAUUCAUCCCAACAACCUACCGCCCCAACCAGGCAGCCACCAUCUCCUCCACAAACAUCUUCUUAUUCACAGUUCCCUCAGUUGCCGCCAUUACCAGAGCACUUAUCUCACCAACCUACCGCCCCAACCAGGCAGCCACCAUCUCCUCCACAAACCUCUUCAUAUUCACAGCUCCCUCAGUUGCCGCCAUUACCAAAUCAGGUUUCACCAAGGUCUUCGACCAAUCAACUCCUUCAGUUGCCGCCCUUGCCACAGGUACCUCAGGUCUCUCCACGGCAGUCAUCACCCCCACUGCCUCAGUUGCCACAGUUACCACAGUUGCCAUCGACUAGACAACUGCCUACUACACCAACACUGCGGAAGACCCCGCCAGCGAGGAAGUCUGUCAAUGGAUGUUAUAAUGGCGGUAGGGUGUUUGGACAGCCACUAUAUGCAGGAUGUCACAGUGGCACCAAUGUACCAUUCGUCAUACUGGAGACAAUCAACUCACUACUACAAUGUGGCGCAAUCAAUGAGGUUGGAAUCAUGAGACAGGCUGGCAGCAAGACAGAGGUGAACUCGUUCAUCGAGAGAUAUAAUAGAGGCGAACAAGUUGAUUUGGAAUCAAUCAGUGAUAUACAUGGCGUUGGCGAUAUACUAAAGAGAUACCUACGUGAGCUGCCCGAGCCAAUCAUACCCAAGACACAUCGAUCGUUAAUGGAUCAGAUUGCAGCUGACGAGUCUUACGAGAAUCAAUCGAUACUGUUGCGAGGCUUACUGGAAACACUGGACAAUAUACAGUGUGCCACGUUGGCGUCAUUGUUUGGAUUCAUUGCACAGGUGGCAGCCAACUCAUACACAAACAAGAUGAGCAACUCUAAUCUGGCAAUGGUCUUUGCGCCAACACUACAGAUCCCGCCAGACUUUGUCGAUGUGCUGAUCAAGCACUCGGAGGAGUUGCAACAGUUUAUUUAA